AUGGGUUUUUCCAAUCGGUUUCGGCAGCAAUGUGGCGGUCUCGAUCACCAGAUGACUCGGUCUCUCAUUCUAAUGGGGAAAACCGGGAGUGAGAUGGCAGCUAGAGAGCCUGAAUUGCCAUUACCAGUCCUAAACAAAACUCCAGAGCAAGUGACAAUGCCAAAACCGGAGACCAAACAAGAGGCUAAACUGGAAACUGAACCCGAAAACCAGUCAAACCCAAUCUCCCUCAUGAGAAGAGGGUGUCCAGUGCCGGGCUCAAGGAAUCGCCUUGGGAGAAAACUAGGACAAGGGCAAUUCGGGACGACUUUCCUUUGUGUGGAGAAGUCAACUGGAAAAGAGUAUGCUUGCAAAUCGAUCGAAAAGAGGAAGUCUUGCAAAUCGAUCGCAAAGAGGAAGUUAUUAACUGAUGAGGAUGUAGAGGAUGUGAGAAGAGAGAUUCAGAUAAUGCACCACUUGGCUGGGCAUCCAAAUGUUAUAUCUAUAAAAGGAGCUUAUGAGGAUGCCGUGGCAGUUCAUGUCGUUAUGGAGUUGUGUGCUGGUGGAGAGCUUUAUGAUAGAAUUAUUCAGCGCGGACAUUAUACAGAAAGAAAGGCAGCUGCACUUAUGAGGACUAUAGUCGGGGAGGACUCGCUUCUCAAGGAUAUUGAUUUUGGAUUAUCGAUUUUCUUUAAGCCAGAAGCAGAUGUAUGGAGUGCAGGAGUAAUUCUUUACAUUCUCUUAAGUGGAGUUCCUCCCUUUUGGGCAGAAAACGAGCAAGGUAUAUUCGAAGAGGUCUUGCAUGGUGACCUUGAUUUUGAUUCUGAUCCUAGGAGACGGUUAACUGCACAUGAAAGGCAAAAGACGCUGACUAUCAAUUUUUCUGUUGCUACUAGCUCAAAACCUAUGCAGGCCACCCUUGGAUACAGAUUGAUGGUGUUGCUCCUGACAAGCCUCUCGAUUCUGCGUUUUAAGUCGUAUGAAGCAUUUUCCGCAAUGAAUAAGCUGAAGAAAAUGGCCCUUAGAAUAAGUCUCUUGAAUGCUAUGAUUAGACACAAUGGUAAUCACGGAGAGCCCUCUGAAGAAGAGAUAGCUGGCCUGAAAGAAAUGUUCAAGAUGAUAGACGCCGACAGCAGUUGUCAGAUCACCUUCGAAGAACUUAAAGCAGGAUUAAAAGAGUUGGAGCUAAUCUUAAAGAGUCUGAAAUUUAUGAUCUUAUGCAAGCACAAUGACAAGUUGUGUCUAAUGCAAAUGUCUUCAACCAUACAGGCUGAUGUUGAUAACAGUGGCACGAUCGACUACGGGGAAUUCGUAGCUGCAACACUGCACCUAAACAAAAUCGAGAAGGAAGACCAUCUAUUUGCCGCCUUUUCUAUUUUGAUAAGGAUGGCAGCGGUUACAUCACUCCGGACGAGUUCCAACAAGCUUGUGAGGAGUUUGGCAUAG